AUGACGCGAGCGUCCGGUUCCUCGUGCCGUAGUGCAUCGCUGCUGGGUCCGCGAAGGAAGAAGAGCAAGAAGCGCGCCGCGGCCGGGCGAGACGCCGCGGGCCGCUCCCCGCCCCCCAGCCGUACUGGCGCGCUCUCGUCCGCCCCUCUCUCUCUCUUCCUCCGCCUCCCUGUCGAGCAUCCGCCGCCGACGCUUAAGUGUCGAGAGCUACAUUAUUCACUGGGCCCGCCAGCAAGGGCGCGCCUCUGUCGCGCGACAGACACCGAGCGCCGGGCCGGGCCGGCGGUAUCGGGCCAACGCAGCGGCGGCUGGAGCAGAUGCCGCCGUCGGAGGCGUCGCCACGGCGCGUGCGCCGACACCCCGGCGUCGGCGGCGGCGGCGGCGUCGGCGUCGGCGCCCCGCUCCGAUGACGUCAGAGCGCGUCGCGGUGCCCGCUCGCUCGCCGCCGGGCUGUGUGCGGCUGCUGCGAUCGCUAGCGCGGCGGCGGCUACUGGUCCGACUGGACGCGCCCGGGCGAUGCUGCUGGCGUCUGCGGCGCCGCUGGGGAGGCGAGGGGUGGCGCUGCUGCCGCCCCCGUGCCGCAGAGCCGACUCGGCCGCCUCCAGUGGCCGCGCCACGCGCUGA